CACGGUUAGGACCGUCACAUUAUCAGUCUAACGAGUGAGACGAAAGGCAUCACGAGGAGUCUAGGCAAUUUAAUAUUUAUUAUCACAAUUAUUAUUUAAUCUUCAUAAAUAAAUAUAUACAAAAAUAAUAAUCCUCAGUCUAGUCGUGAACUAGAGAUUUGAAAAAAUUUUUAUUUGGUUUUUUAAAUUUUUAUCAUUAAAUAAUAAUUUGAUAAAAUUUUAAAUUUGUAUAAGAAAAAAUAAAUAAAUUAUUUGAAUGUUUUGUGGUGGUUAUUUUAUUUGGUGACGAUAUUAAGUGAAAAAAAUAUAUAUAUAUCUAAAUAAACAAGAGGGCAGGUCAUUGCUCAUAUCACAGCGUGCUUAAGGAUGUCCUGGUAGCGCAAGAGAAUCGCAUCACUCCCUGGCGAGUCGCGAGAAAGAGAUGGCGUGGAGAUUAUCCUACGAGCACAGCACUAGAACAAGCACGAUACUUCUCGUCCUGCUGAUACUGUUCGAUGCAAUAUUCGUAUGGGAGCAGGUACAUGCAGCUCCGGCAAAACGCAACGACGUUGUAGCGGGGACGGAAUUCUUAAGUGUAUUUAUAAACGGUGCAAUGGCACCAACACCACGGCGUCGAGGUUUCAGACGUAAUCAACAGACGGUACAGGACAAUGCAGUAGCUGAAUCCCGUCAGAGUGAGGCAUCCAUUUACCGGAUAUCACGCGCGCCCUCGAGUCCAAGGCCAACGACAUCGCGACCGAGUCACCGGGAAAUCGGCACGAAACUUUAUCCAGUUAGUCACAAGUCUUUGGAUGAUAAUCGAGAUCAUACCCAUGCAUCUGAUGAAUUGGGAACUGAAGAUGUUGUGCGAUUGAAACCUCUUAUUUCGGUGACACAUCAACCGACUAUUUUACGUGUCAUUAAUGGAACAAAAUCAAAAAAUGUCAGUAGAAAAGUUAUUGGGGUUAGCGUGACAUCUACAGUUGAGGCAACGCCUUACAAAGUUAGAGUUGAGCAUUACGAUAAUGAUCAGCUGACGAUGAUAACCAGACCGCCAAUUAGCGGCUCAUCUUUGUCGCCAGUCAGUAGUAAUUUGGCAGCAACUGGUACCGCUAAAUCGGUAUCCAUGAUUACGACUGCUGAAUCUUCAACAAUUUCGACGCCCACAAAAACGUCAACAGUUAAAACGACUUCGACCCUAAUUCCAGCAAAAUUAGUUACUGAAGAACUCAGCAAUAUUGUGUCGGAAUCGAAUCGCAGCGAGUUUUCGGUAGACGAAGGCCUUCCGCGAACCAGUUGGCGAGCAAGAUCAUCUGUAACACCGGAAUCAACUAUCGCUCACUCAGUGCCAUUUUCAACGUCAUCAAGUUUCCCGAAGUCUCAAGAACACAAAGACUCGCUGGAAAUGGCAACGAGUUCAGAGCCUGUUGAACAGAGUUACGAAUUACCUGAAGAAAAUGAGGAAAUUCAUGAGGUUCAAAAUGUCGGUCAUUUACAGGGCCGUAAAGCUGGCAGACAUUAUGACAGUUCUCUGUUCAACCAACCACCAAAAGUUUAUCCACAACCGUCGAAAAUUUAUGGAAAACCUUCACGUAUGUAUGGAGAGCCUUCAAAAAUUUACAGCGAACCAGCUAAAAUUUACAGUGAGCCUGAAAAAGUUUACAGUGAACCAUCAAAAAUUUAUUCGGAGCCUUCGAAAAUCUAUAGCGAGCCUUCGAAAAUUUACAGCGAACCUUCAAAAGUAUACAGUGAACCUUCGAAAGUUUAUGGGGAACCUGAAAAAGUGUAUGGAGAACCAUCAAAAGUUUAUUCAAAACCUGCGAGAGUUUACAGUGAACCAGCUAAAGUCUACGGUGAACCUGCCAAGGUCUACAGCGAACCAAGUAAAAUUUAUGGACUAGACGGUCAGCCAAUUAACCAUGAGCCCGAGGAGGAAAACUAUGAAGUUGAUGAAGCUGUAAGUGUUGGCAGCAAUGGAAACGUCCAUGGUCCUCAAGGAGUUACAGAAGCGCCGAAUUCAUCAUCGGCAGUUGAUGCCGGAACAGACGAUGGCCACAACAAAGUUGGUUACGUUGUUGAGGGCAGAAAUUAUCGCAAGUAUCGCGUUGAAGAACGGACUCCUGAUGGAUUCAUUGUCGGUGAAUAUGGUGUCGUUAGUCAUGAUGAUGGUUCAUUACGGGGUGUUCGUUACACUGCUGAUGGAACCAUAAAUCCGCGGCUAAUAUACGAUGCAUUGAUGAAAUUUCUUGCUCUUUAAUAAAAACACACGUUUAUAAUAAUAAUAACGUUUUAUAGCAUAAUAUGAUGAAGGGAAGUUUAAAUGCCGUUUACAUAUAGGCAAUAACGAACACGACUGAUUAUUAUUUUCUUCGCUCUUGCCAACUCA